CGCUGGACGUGCUGGACUUUGUCUACCAGCAUAACCAGGACGUGGCACAGCAGCUGCUCACCUACGAGCUGCGCAACUGGAGUCGGCAGACGUGCCUCAGUCUGGCCGUCACCGCCGACCACAAGCGUCUGCUGGCGCACCCGAGCUGCCAGGUGCUGCUGGCAGAGCUGUGGAUGGGCGGCCUCAACCUGCGGCGCAACACUCACCUCAAGGUGCUGCUCUCGGUGCUCUUCCCGCCGGCCAUGCUGCAGCUGGAGUUCCGCACGCAGGAGGAGCUGCGCCAGAUGCCACAGACAGAGGAGGAGUACCUGAUGGAACACUGCGACGACGAGGACGACCGCUCCUCCUCCUCCGACGACGACGACACGGCCGGCGCCGACCAGGACGGCAUGCUGGCGGCGGCGGCCGUGGCGGCGCGGCCCCGCUCGCGGCGCGUCUCGGUCUCGUCGCGAAGGGGCUCGGCCGUUCGCCGGCAGGGUGCCGGCGGAGGGCCGUCGCCGCCGCCGCGGCGCGUCUCCGUGUCUCCGCCGGCGGCCGGCGCGCAGCCGCCGUCCCCGGCAGGCCUGGCAGACUUCAGCGACGGCCGCAGCAGCAGCCAGCUGGGCCUCCGCAAAAAGGUCUACGAGUUCUACACGGCGCCCGUCACCAAAUUCUGGAGCUUCACGCUGGCCUACGUGGUGUUCCUGACGCUGUACACGUUCGUGGUGCUGGUCAAGAUGUACCCGGUGCCGCGCUGGCAGGAGGUCUACGUCACCGUCUUCAUCGUCACGGCCGGCAUCGAAAAGUGCCGCGAGAUCAGCAUCUCCGAGCCGGUCUCAAUCAGGAUGAAGCUGGCGCACUGGUUCAGUCGCCUCUGGAACCUGCUGGACGCCAUCUUCAUCGUCAGCUACCUGCUGGCGCAGCCGCUACGCUACAAUGCCAGCACGUUCCGCUGGGGCCGCUCGCUCAUCUGCUGCAAUAACAUGUACUGGCACAUUCGUCUGUUUGAGAUAUUCAGCGUGGAAAAAUACCUGGGUCCCAUGGUGACCAUGGUGGGGAAGAUGACGGUGAAGAUGCUACACUUCAUCGUGCUGCUAGUGAUCAUCCUGUUCUCGUUUGGGGUGCUGCGCCAGUCAAUCCGGUUCCCCAACGAGGAGCCCGACUGGUACCUGCUGCGACACGUCUUCUACCAGCCUUACUUCAUGCUGUACGGAGAGGUGUACGCGCCAGAGAUCGAGCCCGAGGUGUGCGGCCAGGAGGAAGGCCUCGAGGACUGCCACUUUUGGAUCACCGUUUUCGCGAUGGCAGCCUACCUACUGGUGGCCAACAUACUCAUGCUCAAUAUGAUGAUCGCCGUUUUCAACAACAUAUUCGCGAGCAUCAACGCGGUGUCGCACGAGGUUUGGAUGUUUCAGCGCUACCGGCUGGUGAUGGAGUACGAGCUGCGACCCGUCUGCCCGCCGCCAUUCAUCAUCAUAUCGCACCUGUACAUGCUGCUCGUGCUGUUGGUGAACAGGUGCCGGCGCGACUCGGCCAGCUACGACCGCGGCCUCAAGCUGUUCCUCGACGAGGAGGCUCUGGAGAACGUGCACGACUUCGAGGAAGAAUGUCUGGAGGCGUAUUUCCGCCAGAAGGAGUCCGAGGCGCUGCUGCGCACUGACCGACUGGUACAGCAGACCUGGGAGCGCCAGGAGCAGACGUACCAGCGGCUCGAGGAUGUACUGCAGCGCGAAGUGGCGCAGCUGGACGCCACCCGGCUGGUUGACUACCGGCUCAAGCGGUUAGAGGAGACCCUGGGUGCCGUGGAACGGCUGGCCACCACCACGCACGCCAUGCUCCGUCAGCACACGGGCAUUUCAAACAUGAUGUCGGACGUGCCGCCCGGUAGGCCUCGGUACACUAGCACCGGCAGCGCGGCGGCCGACACUGACAGGGGCGCCGGCGCCGGCGCCGGCCCGGCCAGCCCGCACGACCACACCUCGCACAACGCCAUGGUUCAGGAGCUGGUCAGCAUCGCGCUGUCGCACGGGCCACGCCGGCGACGCUCCAAGGCCGAGUUUUCGGCGCGCGCCUCCCGCGCGGGCAGCAUGAGCAGCCAGGGCAGCCAGGGCAGCGUGCCGGCGGCAGCCGUAAGCGGCUUGGCUGCCGGUCUGACCGAGCCGGACGGCGGCGGCGCCACGCUGCCCUGGCCGCCGCCCGAGAUUCACGUGCUGCCGCCGGGCUCUCCGACGCUGGACCUGCCGCUGGGCGAGUACCGCAGCAUCACCGACGGCCUCGAGUCGCGCUGUCUGGUGGAGCUGCGCCCUGGGUCGCCGCCAGCGGCCCGCGCCGGCUCUCCCACCGCGCAGCAGGUGCUCACGGCUGCCGAGGACGGCGACUACCAGAUGAUGGAGCUGCUGAUCCAGCGCCGGCUGCGACGUCCCUCCGAAAACCUGGAGCUGUCGCUGGAGGACCUGACGCGUCGGAUUGGCGAGUGGCCGGCCGGCGGCGGCGUCGAGCGGCGCGCCGCCUCGGCGCCGCCGCCGCCGCCGCCGCUCGGCGCCCUGGCAGAGGACACCGACCACGAGUCGGAGCUCUCUGAGGGGCCCACGUUCCGCGCCACACCGCCGCCCGGCCCCGAGGGCGUCCAGCCACCGGGCAAACCGGAGCAGACGGCCGGCCAGCAUCAGCAGGCCCCGGUCGGCGGCCAGGAGCAGCAGGCGGCGGGGACCGUUAGUGGGGACGACAGCGAGCCGUGCCCGGCGGUGGAGAGUGGUCGAUCCAGCCAAUGUUCUCAUCAGGAAACGCGCUGUUAGUCCAGACUUCUGGGACGGCCCGACCGUCCCGGCGCCGCCCGAUUCCCGUCCCGCGGAGCAUUCAGCGCUCGAAAGCCAUACCCGCUUCGGGUCAUUACUGACAUUAAGCGAUUUGGGGUAAUAUUAUGCGGUACGUCAUA